UUUGAGCUUCUUACCAUUACUCCUGCUGAUUGUUAAUGUUUGUGGUUACCCCUUUUUUCAAGAGUUUGAGAUUGGAUUACGUCACAAAUGCAAGGAUAAAUCACAUAACAUCGAUCAACAGCAAGAACCUCCACAUCGGCCUUUUCGCAAGCCACGACAUAACAAUUAGCAGCAUCAACAUAUCAGCCCCCGCUAACAGCCCCAACACCGACGGAAUCCACCUCGGUUUGUCACAAAACAUCCAAAUCUUGGACGCAGCGAUCGCCACCGGCGAUGACUGUAUAAGCUUCAGCACUGGAACAAACAACGUCAACAUCAGCGGCGUUCAAUGUGGUCCGGGCCACGGAAUAAGCAUCGGAAGCCUUGGCAAGAUAGUUGGUGACAAUGUUUCUUUUGUGGACAUAAGAAACUGCACCUUCUUUGGUACUCAAAAUGGAGUGAGGAUCAAAACAUGGGCUCCCUCUGAACCAGGCAUUGUGUCACAUAUUACAUUCGAGCAAAUUCAAGUCGAUCAGGUCGAAAACCCCGUCAUCAUUGAUCAACAAUAUUGCCCUUCUCGUAUUUGCGAUCCAAAGGUCUACUCCCGAGUUCAAAUCGAAGAAGUUCAGUUCAGUAACAUUUGGGGGACUUCAAUCACACAAAAUGUAGUUAAUCUUAAAUGUAGCAAAACUACACCCUGUCAGAAGAUUGGGUUGGAUGACAUCAACCUAACUUACAGCGGUCGUGAGGGACCGGCUCAAUCAACAUGUUCAAACGCAGAUGUCAGAAUUUCUGGCCGGCAAAAUCCCCCCGCUUGCACAGGCAAAGAUAAAGCUUUAGGAUGAACAAUGCAGUUUUUCUGUAUGCAAGUCUAUGUACUUCUUUGUUCAAAUAAGGCUUCAAAACAAUUAAUUUCAUAUCAUCAUUUGUAACACAGCAUAUCAAAUGUG